AGUUGAAGAACAGCCGCCUUCCAGGUGAGAAAGCGUUCGACGUAAUACAAUCGUUGCAAAUUCGAAAAAAAUGAGUGUCAGUGCUGGAACAACGAGGAUUAUUACCAUGGAGGGAAAUUUAAAUAGCAGUUUUGAUAUGGAUCAACGUGAUCCGAAUAACCUCAACAAUCAUCUCCAAGUUCAAUGGAGUGACGUCAUUGGCGAACCGGAAUCCAUCAGGAGUAACGAUUGCAUCUGGAAUUGUUCGUACAAGUGUUACCGCGGGACCAAAAACUGCUGCUACCAGUCCGUGACGCUCCUCUUCGCCCCGCUACUAGCCUUCUGCAUGGGCGUGCAGUUCGCCUGUCUGGCAUUCCAACACAUUUGGUGUUACGUGCCGUGCAUCCGCUGUUUGAAGAUCAAUUGUUCCGUGGUGCGAGAUGUCAGUACCAUCAUUCUUCAAGCCUUGUGCGCACCGUGGAUAGAGACGUGCGGUCAUUGUCUGUCACGCAUCAAGGUCCGUUAUCAACGCAUCUCCGACCUUCAGCAAGAGGAAGAUCUCAUGACCGUUUGAGAUGCGAAGGGAUUCAGCAAAUGGCUAGACGAUGACCAAUCAUCAAGUGUCUCUCAAUUUCAUCGUUUCUUUUGAAUAUUUAAAUAUACUUCCCGAAUUUCGUCAAUUAAAAAUCAACUGUAUUUAAACAUAGUUUUUAGAAAUGAUAGCUUAUUCACGUUUGGUCCAAUCAUGCGCAAUACGCUGUACAAAAAGUGCCUUUCUUUGUUUUCUAUUUGGCCGUGGUCGAUAUGCGCGUCA